GCACGCCUCCCGCGCAUGCGCUCUGCCCUCCACCGGGCGCGUUUGGUCGUGGGGCGGCCGGAAGCUGCGCGGGACUGGGGGCCGCGUGGGGAGUGCUGCUGGCACGGGGACAUGGCGGCGCAGCAGGAGGUGGUGGUGCGGCUGCAGACCCUGACAGUGGAGCCCAGCUCCACCGGUGAGGCGCCGGGCGUGGAGGGGGAGCGCCGAUCGGCGAACUCUCCGGGCCCGCCAAACGGUGAGAAGAGUGGCCCAGACCAGCCGCCCUCCCCCGAGGGAGCGAGCCCCUGCGCGCGUCCUCCGGCGGCUUCCAGUGAGCCUCCCGUCGCCGCCUCGGACUCGGAGAGUGAUACAGAUUCAGAUAGUUCAUCAACUACAUCGUCCUCGUCAUGUUCUCCUUCAGCAGUGUCUGAUGACGAUGAUCAUCCAAAUGAGAAGGAUAACAGAACAUACUGCGUUAGAACAAAAGAUGAGUUGCCGCUUGAUGAGCUGCCUCCUGUUGAAGACUUAACCGUAAUUCUGCCUGAUGGUGUUGAACUGAAGCUUUUUGGGACAGUUUCCAGUAUCAUUGAGCAGCUAGUAAUAAUUGAAUCUCUGAGAGGCCUACCUCCAAUAAAUGAGGAAAGCAUAAUUUUUAAAGAAGAUCGGCAAGCAGCAGGAAAGGUAUUUGAGGUGUUUGGUCCUGUUCAACAUCCCUUUUAUGUGUUAAGGUUUAACAACUCUGAACAUAUUAAAGCAAAAGGUAUUAAUGUGCAAGACAACAUGUAUUUUGCUCCAUCAGUGGAGGACUUCACCCAGUAUAUAUUUGCAGAGAAACUACAACAGGAAAAAGGAUCAGAUGCAUCUUGGAAGAAUGACCAAGAACCACCACCUGAGGCUUUGGACUUCAGUGAUGAUGAAAAAGAAAGAGAGGCGAAACAAAAGAAAAAGAAGCCUCAAAGUCAAGGAAGAAAGAAAGUCAAAACAGAUACAAAUGCAUCAAGUGAGUAUACAGGACUUCAUCAAUCAAUGCAGCAGUCUGCUUCAAGCUAUUCAAGGGGAUACCAUGGCAGAAGAUUCUCUGGGGAUCCAUUUCCUUCUCCAUCAGGACCCCCAGGAUUUCCCAGACCGCCCAUUAGACCACCACAUCUAUACUCUCCAGACAGCAGAAUGCAUCAGGAGUCUCCAGUAUUUCCACAACCUCAUAGAAAAGAACAUCCAGUGAUGCAACAGUAUCCCUUUCCUCCUCCAGUUUUUGGUUCUGUUAAUGAGAUGCAUCAGUUUCACCUUCCACCUUCAAAUCCAAAUAUGAUUUGGACAGGCCCAAACGUGUACAACUCAUCGUACCCAUUUUUGCUGCCACCUCCACCUCCUCCAGAUAGCCAUCCUUCUCAGUUCAGGCAUUACUAAGUUUAUAGAAAUGUGCAUAAAAUGUUGUAGUUUAAGGGGAGGAAGAGCAGGCUGCCAAGACCAUGUUUGCUUAUUUUGGAGGUAAUUUUUUUCUGCAAGAAUGAAACAAAAGCAGAGUUUGAUACUUUGUGGGAUGUCCACAGAAAAUAUUUUUUUCUGUAAUCUUUUUGUUUCAAAAAAGAAAACUGUAUGGUAAAAAAUAACUGAUUAUCAAAUAAUGGUUUAGUUUUAUAACUUCUACCAGCUUAGGAUGUUAAGAAAUAAAAACUUUUUGGAGACUGCUAUGUAGUGAUUGAAAUCUGUUCUGUAAUAAAUUGUAUUUCAUGUAACUGCUGCUUUGUGGAGGUCAGGGAUAUUUGGCGUAGGUGGUGCGUUAAGUCUUAGAUCAGUUAUAUACUGCUGUGCUAAAACUAUCUUUCUAUUUUGGCAGAUCUAAAAUUAUUUAUAUGGAAAAUAAGAGACCUAAUUUUUAAUGUAGGUUUACCACUGUUUUUAUAAGUUAUAAAUGCCUGCUAUUCAACUUGUAACACCUUGUUAAUUUCACGUUAACUGAAAGAAUGGAGCUGGACUAUGUGUUUAAUUGACUAGAGUAGCUAGAUCAGAGUUUGAACCAGCGAUUAAAUUACUUGGUCAGAUUUAGUAUCCUACAAUAGCUAUAGAAGGACAACACCGGCUAGAUAUUUUGAAAUGAAUAUUAAGAUGUAACUGCAGGGAGGGGGAAAAUUAAAGGCCGUGGUAAUUUCUGUAGCCUGUUUUUAUGCCUAGUGCAGAAACGCUCAUGGAUGCAUAUAGUCUUUUGUCAGCCUUUCUAGAAAGAAAUCGUUAGACCUUACGGAGAUGGUAUAUCAUUUCAGAAUCCCACUGAUUGCAUUUUGGACACAGAAGGCAUGUGGCAGGAGAUUGGCUAGAUCUUUCUGGCUUGCUUCUGGGUGGGGGUGGAAUUGUCAAUGAAAGGCAACUUGGAGCAAGCUCUUCCUGGCCAAAGUUGCAAUCCUGCUGUUGCAAUUGCUUAAUCUCCAAGGAAGUCACUCUGACUGAUUGACUAGAAUAAAAAACCUUGCCUUGCAUAAGGAGUUGGGGGGGGAGGGGGUGACAGGAUAAACAUCUUAAAGGUAAACUUUUUUGACAUUGAAAAUAUCAUUAUAAACUCUGUUCAAUUAUAUGACUAAUAGAUGUGCAGCAAGUAUUUUUAUUCUCAAACUCACUGGCCUCAUUAGGUUUUUUUGGAUAAAUAUUUAAAGGCUAAUUAAGCUCUGCAGGUAUUGCUUUUUAUCUCUAAUUCCAAAUGAGAACGAAGCACAACUUUAACAUGUAGAUGAGGUGCUGUCAUGUAAAGAGGUUGUUAAUUAUGAAUUAGAAUUUAAUUUCAGAUUUAAUUUCUUACAUACUGAAAUCAGUUCUCUAAAAUUUCUGUUUCAUAGGUGUGCAACUGAGAAGGCUGCAUAGAUCUCAAAUAUGAUAGUAAACAGGAAAGAACUAUAUAUACAGCAGCAUCAAAUUCUGCUUCAGAACAGUAGCAUUUGGUAGUUUGGCUUUUGCAGUUUUUUUUUUUGUACUAAGAAUGUCUAGUAUUAGUUUCAUGUAAAUGGAUACAUUUUGCAGGGGAAGGAGGAGGUGAAUUUCUGUCUAUCUAGAUUGUAACCCAAGCGUUACUAUUGGGAGCAAUAGGUAUUAGAUUUGUAUUGAGUUCUCAAUAUAGCUGCAGGUUAUAUCAGGUUUGGUUUAUCUGAGAUUGAAUUGACUCAGCUGGAAUUUGUUUUUUACUUUGUUUAGCUGUAAAAGCAAAUUGUUAAUGACCGGAUGGAUAUGAUUAAUUUUUUGUGUACUCAUAAUUGUACUGCAUUCACAUAGUUUUAGAAUAGCUAGUAGCAACAAGAAUUUUUUUUGUGUAGAAUGGGGUAGUUACGGCAUAACUGGAAUACAGUUCUGGUGUUUUGGGAGGGGCCGUGAGAUGAGAUCUUGCAGGAUGCAAUAUUGAGGAGUACUUAGGACAUCAGCAGGUAGAGCACAGGCUGGCAGUGGAAAGCCAUGGAUUGCAAACUGCUCAGCACUUGAAGCGAUGCAAUCUUGGCUCUGGACAAAAUCAGUUUGGAAGAGAACGAACAUAUAUAAUGUGAAAUGCACCAAAUACAGCAAAAUUACAUGUUUGUGAAUGUGCAGACAUGAGGAAAGAGCAAUGUGUUACAACUGUAUGAGCGAAUGUGAAAGUGAUUCCACGUGGAUGAUAGAUUGAAGAAGAAGCCUUCAGCAUCAUAUUUGGUCUUGGGAUGUGGAGAACUUGCUGUGUACCAUUGGCCAAAGCCAUCUGUCAGCCUUAAGAUUCAAAGAAGCAGUUGAGGAAAUGUAACGUCAGGAAAAGGAGUGAGACAAUGGGAAGUAUGUAUGCGCUAAUUUUAACUAUUACUACUAUUGAGAUUUUUUAAUGUAUAGUACUGUUCAUUUCUUUAUUUUUUCUGCAGUAAUUUUAUCUGGACCAAUAAUUCUUUAAGCUGUUAAGAUUUCAGUUACAUGAUGUUUAUCCUGUUUCCCCAUAAAAGGAUUUUGCAUGCAAAAAUAUAUGCAUGUAUAAAAAGUUAGGUUACACAGUGUCAUAGAAAUUUGUUAUGGUUUAAGCUCAGUUUUUAAUGCUUGGAUGUCAUCUGCAGUACUGUUUUUGUUCGUGUGCUUUUUUGCUGAAACAUCUAUUUAUGGGUGUUCUGUCACACUGCAGGAACUUUGCUUGGAAUUCACUUUAGUUCUUUAGGAUAAAAUUAUUUGAGAGUCAGGUACUGUUGCUGAGCUUGAAAUAUAUAACGCAAUAUAUUGAAAUAUUUUUUUGUAUCUAACCAAUUUUAUUUUAUUUUUUACUGUAAAGCUUUAAAGCUUGGAUGCUGCUAUGGUAAACAUUUCUAUUGCAGACACACAAAGCUUUAAAAUGUGUUCAUUCUGGCUAUCAAUGGCAUCCAGUCCUGAUGCCUAUUGGAAAUUUGCUUACUUUAUAGGAGUUUCAGGUAUGACCAAUCUCAGUAGUUAGGUGGGUGCUGUAUUGGUACAAUGGUAUCAGAAAAGGUUUUGAAGUUUUUAGUCCAGGACAGAGUUUUAAGAGGUGCCAAAAGUAGUCAGUAACGGAGUGACUGUUGGGCUUUGGGCUGUAAGGGUUCAGCUGCAAGACUUAAGUAAUGUUUUUUAGCAGGCUAGUGCUUUCGUUCUCUGUUUAUGACUAAUACCUGUUUUCAGGUUUAGUCUGGAGAGCUGCGACAGAGUCCUGCCACUUCUGUAACAUUUUUUGUUAUUCCAUCAUAUGAUUUAACGUUUCUUUUUGGGCUUCACCUUGCAUUGAAGGCUUAGGGCAUGGGAUGAAUGAAAAGCAGGAGAGCAGAGUCAAGGAAAGCAGAGGCUUGGGGAGAAAUUUGGCUGCAAUUACUCAAAAGGUUGAGGUUUAUAAAUAUGAGUAUGAAUGCGGUAAACUGUUGUACUGUACAAAUGACUGUAACUAUGGUAACAUGGGAAAAUGAGAAGUGGAAUCACAUAGCUGAUGACAUUGCUCUUUAACUUGGAAAUCAGCAUCGGUGUUUUGCUGGCUGUUAAAUCCAGUUUGAUCAAGAGCUAGUGGAAAGGGGUCAGGCUUUUGCUGGAGGUGGACAGCAAAGGGAAAAAAACAAGUUCUUUGAAGGAAAGUAUUGAAAAGUGCUGUGGGUUGGGGAAGAGCUCUCAUGGCAAUCGGUAGCUCAGAGAGGUGGGAAAUUGACAUUCCAGGAGGGCUUUAGAAGCUGACUCUGGGCAAGUGUCCAAGGCAGCCUCCCUUUCAGUGGAGAGCUGAGCCAGAGGGUACUGAGAUGGCCUUUCCAACCGAAGUUGUUCUUGAUGUAGUUGUUCUUCUGGCAAUCUGUCCUCUUACUAGAGACUUUGUCCAUAAAUACAGAAAGGCAUGAGUAGUCCAAUGGGAAUAUCUGGUGUUUAGGAAGGCUGGCUUUUCAUUUAUACUGUUGUACUGUCUCAUUUAUCCUGCAGAUACUUGUAUCUGAAACAUCCAUGCUGUGCUAAAACUUGGACUUGCUGUGGAAGAUAAUGACUGCUAUUUCACUGGAUGUAAGCUGAUUUGAAGGAUUGUUUCUUUAUUAGUUGUUUGGGGGCUAAUGCUAAUGAAAGUCUCAGUUGCUGUCAUUUUCUCUUAGGGGGUAAAACAUUUUGUACUGUGCAAUUUAUUUUGAGAAUGGUGUAAUGAAUAACAGUACCUAAAAUGUUUUAUUUUAAACAAAAAAGAGAAUUAUUUUUUAACAAGUAUUCUCUAAUACAGGGAUGUUUGCCAGAAGGAAAACCUUUAGAUCAUGCUAGGUACUCAUAAGCAUGUGAAUAGUAGUGUGACAUAGAUGAAAACUAGAAAUAAGCAGAUCUUUUUUGGAGGUAAUAUUUAGCAAUUUUCAGGUUCUGUUUUUAUUUCUUAGCAAGUCAAAGGUCUAGUGAGUUAUUUUUAUCUAGUAAAUUUAGUGAUUUGUGUUGUCUGCCUUAAAAGGAUUGCUGAAUAUGCACAGUACAGUUGGUAAUAGAGCUUACUGGGGUAACAAGUGAACAUCUGGAAGACCCUGCCAAGGAUGACAUGGCAAAUAAAAUAGUACUGUAAGCAUAGCACCAAACAUGUACAGUGCCACUUACCAUUCAGGAUGAAUGUAUGAUUUUGGAAAGAACAAAUAAUGUUCUUUAUGUCAGUCACUUGAGGGUAUUCAACAUUAUUGAAUGAUGAUGCAGAGUAGUACUCAUUUGCUGUAAAUGAAAUUUUAGGUAACUAUGGAAGAGUAGUAUUGUUGGUUUGCCUGUGAAUCUGACACGUUUUCUGGGAAAUGAUUAAACAAGAUAAUCUGAGUACACCUUACACAGGCAUACAAUAACGGGCUCUACCAAGCACUGAAAAUAAUAUACGGAGUGGUGAUGGUUAUGGAGUAUCUACAUUUGUGUAUAGUAAGUCUCAAACGCUAGUAUUUGCAUAGUGUUCUGAACAAGUAGCCUUUGGCUGCUAGGUGCUGUGAAAGGUAGGAAACGAAAAACAUGGAGAUUUCUUCAUACCAAGAACAAUCUGCUACUUAAUUUCAGGCUAACUUUCCACUGAGGUCUAUGUUUUUGGAAGAAGUGAGGCAAGUAAGAUUUCCUUUAAAGAAAAGGAAAAUGUCAUUACCUAUAUUCAUUUAAUGACCUUUACUCAGUUUUUUAUAUGUAAAUUUGGUAACUUUUGGCCUAUUUUGUGAAGAUUGUGUGAAUUUGAGGUCUGAAAUAUUUCCUUCAAGAUGGAACUAAAGAAUACAUUUGGGGGUUUCAACCGAAUCCUGUAGUUGAAUGUUUGACCAAGAUAGGCUCUCUACUGUAUUCAGUUUACAAGUGAAAAGUAUAUCUAGGCCGUGUGCCUCAAGGACUUGUUUUUCUAUUGAAUUCCUAUGUUGUCCUGUAUAACAGUAUGCUCCCUUAUAUCCAGCCAAACAAAGUAUGAAGAAGAGACAUUUUAACAACCAGUUUUCUAAGAAAUAAUGGUCAGCAUUUUUUUUUUUGGUUACGCUGUUUGUCGUGAUGCCUUUAUUUCCCAGAUGCUUUUGUAUUUAUUUAUAAUGUUCUACAACCUUCAGCUUUCAGCUUUACUUUGCCACAUGGCAAUGUAUUUAAUCUUUUGUCUUGGUUAAAGCAGACUGUAAAGCAGACAGCACGAGUAUGCUUUUUUUUCUGCUUGACUCUCCACAACAUUUUUCCUGUUAUAUAUCUGCAAUUAUAUUCUCUUUUUGGUCACUGCCUGCUUAUAUUUUCCCUUACAGGGUAUCUAGUAUAUAAAUCAUAUGUUCUCUUUCUCUUUACAGUAUACUUACUUUUUGCUGUUACUACAUUUCUAGCCCUGAAAUUGCUUGGCCUAUAAAGAUUUCCCUUUCCAGCAUAAGGUGAUUAAGUGAUGAUAUUGCAGUUUGAGGUGGAAACGAGAGGAAAAUACAGCCUUGGGUAAGUUAUGUAGGUCGUUACGCUCUUUUGUCUGUAAGUAGAGAAUUAUGUUUGCUAUUUGUUUCACUACUCCAGUCUGGUGAAAGAAGAAAGACUUGGUGACCUUAGCAGGAAGUGGGUUAGUAUAGCUCCCCAAAAUUGAGUGGGUCUUGACGUGACAGACUAUGGCAUUUUAAUCAUUAACUUGUAACCUUCAACUUCUUAGGUCAAUCAACCAUUCCUUCUAAGAGAGAAGCAGGAUUGGGGAAACAGUAAAAAGCUAUGGUAUUUGUCAUGUUUUGGUUUCAUAGGCAAAAUAUUUUGUAUUAAGUUCCAUCUUGGUGGUAUGUAUAAUAUGAUGGAAGGCGAGCUAGCCAUAGAGUAUUUGUUCUUUAGUGAGAAGGUUGUUCUAGUCUUGUCGCAAAUUAGGUCUGUGUCUCUUGUACGUUGUGCCUGGCUUGGCGAUUCCAUUCUAAUGACUGAAUGCAUGUUUGGAGAACAUUAAAUGGUGGAUCUGGAGAGAAAUUCAAUUUGUAUUUUGGGCAAGAACUCAGGGUGAGACACUAGGUUCCCCUUUUCCUAUGCUGCUGAAUCUAAACCAGGUAAACUAUUGAAGGCUCAUCUUUGUGUAUCUGUUUCAUUUUGUAAUUUUUUUUUUUUCCUGCAGAUAAUUUGGUUAUUAAAGUUACUUCUUAGAUACUACAGCAUCCUGUGAUAGUGAAUAUAACAUCCUUAUAGAUUCAACAAACAAAAACAAGGAACAACUGUUUUUUCCCUGGAGGCAUUCAAGGCCAGGCUGGACGUGGCUCUGGGCAGCCUGGUCUAGUGGUUGGCAACCCUGCACUCAGGAGGGGGUUGAAACUAGAUGAUCUUUGAGGUCCUUUUCAACCCAGGCCAUACUAUGAUUCUAUGAAUGAAAACACACCAUCUCCAGAGUGAAGUAUCUUCAGUAUCUUUUUUUAAACUCUGUAUUAGUUUGACUACGCUAAUUCAUAGUUCUGGUUUGUGCUUUGCUUGACAUUUACUUGUCAUUUAUUCUGUUGUAUUAAGAAAGCUGAGCGUGAAAGAUGUGUGAGGCAAAACACUAGAGAGUAGAGAAAUUGAGUUAUUGCUGAUACUUCUAUGCGCUCUGAGGACUGAGAAAAGCAAAUUAAGUCAGCUUUUACGUAAAGUAUAAGGGAUUUAGAUUUAUAUCUUCCUUGAAGUUUAAUCGGAAGUAUGUUCAAAUCCCCUGACUUUUUUUCCCAUGGUCCUAUAGUCUGCUUUGAGAGAGAUUGACAUAAAAAUAACUUAAAAUACUAGACAAAUGAGAUGCUGUUUUAUAAUGUCAAUAAAAUAAUAUUACUUGCAUUGAAUGCAGAUGCAAAUGAGACUUUAAAAUAUAGGACUUGUUGACAUACAGAAUAUUGAUUGACUUCUCAGGGAGUUAAUUCCUUUUUGAAAAUUAAACUGAUUUACCUGUUUUCAUCAUUCAGUUACUAGGCAUCUUGGCAUUACAUCUUAGAUCUUUUCAUGGUGCACUUCACAAAUUGUAUAUUGCCAUGGCAUAUUGUUAACUUUCAUGAUAUGAGCAAGACUUGUGAGUCUUUAAUUGAAAAGCUACUUGAACUUCUUAUCAUCCUGUAGAUGAAGUAUCUGUCUCUAAAUACAUUCUUAAUCUGGUCAUUCCUAAAUUUUUGCAUGCGUUACUGUUCAGUGAUCAUUAUGAUAUUCUUUAUCAGUGGAUUUUUUUUUUUCAUAGUAUGUGAUUAAAACUAAGUAAACCUAAAGGUAGAAUUAUUACAGAUGCAUCUCUUUAUGGUGCCAAGAGACUUGACAGUAAGAACUGUAACCUGAUUUUGGAGCUUAUGAAAAUUGUGUUUCAGACACAUAAGGACUUCUGAGAGAAAUUUUGUAGCACCGAUGUGAGAUGCUGAACCCUGGAACAAGGUAUUUUUGUAAAGGUCAGUGCUAAAUGUGCACCAGUAGAGCUGCAGAUGUCUUAGUAUCAAACUGUUUUCCAGCUUAGCAGCCAUAGCUAGAAAACAUUCUUUGCUUACCUGUCAGAUUUGUAGGCCUGUUCUUGCAUUUUUAUUAAUCUUUAAAGUGAAAAACUUACAAAAGUGACUGAGUUCCUAUCGGUGGCUAAUCACUAACCUAGUUAAGUUGUGAUGUUUUUGAUUCAGUCUCAGAAUAGAGAAUGUAAAGGAGUAAACAAAGACUCAUGACUGGCUCCAAGGUAAUUGUAAUGUAAUAAAAGAAGAGAUACAGAAAAUCAUUGAAGUUAUGCCUUUAUGCUUGGUUUAGAUAAUAAUUUUCAGAAGUAACCUUGGGAAGCAAAUCCUCUUUUUAUCAAGGAAGAUUUUUUUUUUUUGUGAUAGGGUUCAUCUUAUGUAUCUUCUAAUGUCUUAUUUCCGGUAAAAAAUAAAAAAAAUUGGUAUAAAUAUGAAGAAAUGUACAUGUGAAUACAUAACAAUUAUCUAUAAUAUUUAUGUUUAAAAGUGUAAAAACUAUGUUUUCCCUGAGCAAGUGACUAGAUAGAGGGAUCGAUGCUCCUCUUGUUUGAGUAACUCCCCUGGGUGGCUCAUCCUUCGAUGUGAUGUGCCUGCAUAGUGGGGCCUUGCUCUGAUAUGGGAACUGUCUGCUUGCCUUUCCAUUAAUUUUUUCAUAUCCAGGUAUGGUAACACAAGCAGUUAAGUGGGGGAAAAAAUGUACUGAAAAGUUGGCCAUGGCCUCUCCAUAUAUUCCUGUUUGUUUCUUCUGUGGAAAAGAGUUCUCAUUUUUUUUUCAGUGGAGCCAGUUUUAUGAUUCAGCUGAAGAGCAAAUUUACCAAUAAGAGAAGAUCUCAAGGAGAUCUGAAUCAUAGUGAAGCCUACCAUACUUUCUUGGAAGUUCUUCACAUCUUGAAUUUCUUAACAUCCAUACGUCUUUCAGACUACAAUUUCAUUGUAGAGCGUGCGUGUAUGUAUAAAUAUGUGUUUUCAGCUUAUCAGCAUCAUCAAACUGUCAAUAAUUUAAGAAUAAAUAUCUGGAACAUGAACUUUACUGAUUAACUUGGUUUUCCUAUCAUAGCUUGCUUCCUGUACUCAAGUCUGUUGGCAUGUAUUAUUGCAUUUCAAAUUCCAUUGAACUUGUGAUUGUAAGGGGCUAGGUUUUUAAACUCAAGAAGCAAUUUGAAAUCUUCCAGAUGCAAUUACAUUACCUCUCAAUGAUCUAGUAAUCUUGAUGAUUAAAAACAUCAUUUGACAAGUAUUUUCAUAUUUUCACUUAGAAAAUCACACAGAAGCCAAAGAGAUAGUAACACAUAAGUACACUUUAAAAAUUCAGUAUGGAAAGAGAACCAUUUUUGUCUCACUUAAAAUGAAAUUUUGCCUCCCUUAGUAUAUUUUGCUUUGUAUGCAGCAGAAACAAAGUCAAUUUUUUUUCAUUAAAAGAAAUUCUCUUUCCCUCACACCUCUGGUAUGGAAAUAACUUCAUGAAACAGUAGCAUAUGAAGUAUAAGCAUAAAAGAUAGAGAGCUCUCUAUUUGCAUCCUAUCCAAAAGAAUGAACGCAAUUUGCAUAUGGUUCUUGUGAACAAGAACUAAGGAAGCUGAAUGUCUCAAGUAGAAAUGUCAGAUAUUUUUUCUACUUGGAAUCAAAAUAGGAAGAAAUCCACAAUACAAAUCUGUAGUAAUCUUACAAGAAAUUACAAUUAUAUACACUGAAAAAAAUUGUAAAUUCAUAACAAUUUGAACAAAGGAAGAUUCAGUAUGCAUUCACAUUAGUAUUUAGUACUUGUUAGUAUUCAUCUACAUAAAAAUUUAAUAGCCUUUGUAUUAAGCUCAAAGUUUUCUAUGUUUCAGAUUCAUCUGUCUUUCAAGUCUUUUGUAAACACGAAAUUAUGAUUCUCUGGCUCUCUAAAUUGAUUUUUCAUUUUUUUCCAAUUAAAUACUUCUGGGUAUGUAGUUUAGGAUACAAGAACUUGCUGUUCUUCAGAUGACUUGAGUCUCUAGUGGUUUUUGACUUUAAUAGAGAAACUCCUUAAAAAGUGGCAUAGUCAGUUUAAAAGCUAUAGUUGAAUUCACUGAAAAAUUAUUUUCCUUCUGUCCUUUAUUCAUGUUGCUUGCUUUGGUAAAAACACAACCAUGGGUGCUCUGCCAGGAACUCAUAGAUCUUGGCAAAGCUCCAAUAUUUCUGUUUUUAUCUCUUGGGAAUGAAAAAUAACUAGCAACAAGAAUGUAAAAAGAUGGAUAAUGUGAUGUGGUUCUCAUAGGAGCUACUUGCUGAAAGGAGUUCAGAUGUAUUUUUGUAGAUGACCACUAGUGACAGUUAUGGAAAGCUUGGUUAUUUGUUUAGUCCUUUUCAAAACUUACAGUGGACAGGUCUUUUAACUAGGGUAAUAUUUCUUUGUAUUUCUAGUAUCAGUUCUCACAGCAGACACUUCUUCAUUUCUUUCCUUUGUUUUUCCUUUUCUAGUAGAUUCUUACUAACAGAAUUUGUGGAAUGCAUUGGAGCUUUUUGUCUGCCUAAAUCCAGGGAUAAGAAGUCAGUAUGAUAAAAAAGUGAGAUGAUUGCAAAGUUGUAUGGGAACAAGCAGCUAAAUGGUCUCUUGAUAGAGGCCUCUGAUUUCAUUUAGAUCUAAAUUUUGAACUAAAAGCUCUAGCCCUCUGUUGUAUUAGGCGUUAAGCGGGGACUCGAGAUGUAACGGGAUGUAGGCCUCCCCAUGCUGUAAUGGGCAAGGACAAACUGUCCUAGGAGAGAUGGUAAACAGCUUGGAGGAACUUAUCUGAGGAAAGCACGGCACCACCAGGGCCUCAAGGACUAACCGGAUUUCUUGGACUGAAAGGCUCCCCUGGGACGGAUGGAUAAGUGCAACCGACAGUUGUUCAGCAAGCAUUGGGCAAUUCUGUCCACCAAUCAGGAGAGGUGGCACUCUUUGCCUAAAACAAGGGAGUGCAUGACCUCUCCGUAUAUGGUCCUCGGAAAUGCAUGAACAGCGUGUGAUAUCCGGUGAUUGGUCAGUAGCUCGCAUGAGCUCAGGUAGCAGAUAAGCAAGAAUUAGGUAAUGGAUAAGAGACACUAUGUAGUUCUGUAACUCCUAACAAUAAAUGCCAUUUGCCUUUUGUUAUAUCAUCA